AUGGCGUUAGGUUCGCUCGAAAAUGCGCCCAAGGACCUCCUCAAUGAGAUCAAACAUCUUGAGGAGCUCUUCACAGUUGACACGCCCAAGCUCAAGCAAAUCACUGAGCACUUUGUGAAUGAGCUCACGAAGGGACUGAGUGUCGCGGGAGGUAGCAUCCCCAUGAACCCAACAUGGGUCAUGUCCAGACCUACCGGCCAUGAGACGGGCACGUAUCUGGCCCUCGACAUGGGCGGCACCAACUUGCGCGUCUGCCAGGUCACGCUCACAGAGCAGAAGUCCGAAUUUGAUAUUAUCCAGUCGAAGUACCGAAUGCCCGAGGAGCUGAAGACUGGCGACGCCGAUGAGCUCUGGGAGUACAUUGCCGACUGCCUGCAGCAGUUCAUCGAGACUCACCACGGCGACGUGUCCAAGAUGGAGAAGCUCCCGUUGGGCUUCACCUUCUCGUACCCGGCCACGCAGAACUACAUUGACGAGGGUAUCCUCCAGCGCUGGACCAAGGGCUUUGACAUUGCCGGUGUGGAGGGCCACAACGUGGUCCCCAUGUUCGAGGCGGCCCUUGCACAGCGGGGUGUCCCCAUCAAGCUGACCGCGCUCAUCAACGACACUACGGGCACGCUCAUUGCCUCGGCUUACACUGACCCUAAGAUGAAGAUCGGUUGUAUCUUUGGCACGGGCUGCAACGCCGCUUACAUCGAGGAGUGCGGGUCGAUCCCUAAGCUGGCUCACCUCAACCUGCCGGCCGACACGCCCAUGGCGAUCAACUGCGAGUGGGGAGCCUUCGAUAAUGAGCACAAGGUCCUACCGCGGACGAAGUAUGACGAGGCUAUCGACAACGACUCGCCGAGGCCCGGUCAGCAGGCCUUCGAGAAGAUGAUUGCGGGUCUUUAUCUUGGAGAGAUCUUCCGCCUGAUCCUGGUCGAUCUGCACGACAACCGCGACGUGCACAUCUUUGCCGGACAGGACAUUUCCAAGCUCCGGAGGCCGUACACUCUGGACUCGUCCUUCCUGUCGGCCAUCGAGGAGGAUCCGUUUGAGAAUCUCUCUGAGACGCUUGAUCUCUUCCAGACCAAGCUGAACAUCAGCCCCAACCUUCCGGAACUCGAGCUCAUCCGCCGCACGGCGGAACUGAUCGGCACCCGCGCGGCCCGUCUGUCGGCGUGCGGUGUGGCCGCCAUCAGCAAGAAGAAGGGCUACACGAGCUGCCACGUGGGCGCAGACGGCUCGGUCUUCAACAAGUACCCGCACUUCAAGGCCCGCGGUGCCCAGGCGCUCCGCGAGAUCCUCGACUGGCCCGAGAAGACCGACCCUAAGGAGGAAGAUCCGAUCGAGAUCCUGGCGGCUGAGGACGGAAGCGGCGUGGGAGCCGCCUUGAUUGCUGCGCUCACGUUGCAACGCGUGAGGGAGGGCAACAUGCACGGCAUCUUGCACCCGGAGAACUUUAAGUAG